AUAUGUGUUAACAGAGAAAUGGUGUCGGACCAAGAAAUAGCCGAAGGGGUGGAGACUGUGCUCCGUCAACGAGGCCCUAACGACGUCACCUCCGUAAACGGCGUCGUUCAGCAGCUCGAGGCCAAGCUAGGGUUGGACCUUUCCCACAAGGCUGCCUUCAUUCGCGACCAGAUCAACUUCCUCCUCCGCCCCUACCCCCAACAACAACAACAACAACCCCAACCGCCCCCAAAAGACCAUUUUGCCCUCCACCCCAGCCACAACCCUUACCACCCCCAUCACCUCCACCCUCAAUUCGCUCAGGCACAAUUCCUCCCCCAACAAUUUCCUUCCCAUUUUGCCCUCCACCCCCACUCCCGUCCUCCCCCUCCUCCUGAGGCCUACACCUUCCAGGCGCCGCCGCCUCAGCAGCUUCGCCAUCCGGUGGUCCAGCCGCAGCAGCCGGCUCCCAAGUUUGAGGUCGUCUUCCCCGCACAGAAUGCCACCGCCGCCGCCCCGGAAACGCCCAAGGACAGUGCCACGAAUACUGGAACCAAAAGAAAGGGUGGGGCUGGGGGUUUAAAUAAAGUCUGUGGUGUCACACCUGAGCUUCAGGUUAUUGUUGGUGAACCAGCCUUGCCAAGGACUGAGAUUGUGAAGCAGCUCUGGGCGUACAUAAGGAAGCACAACCUCCAAGAUCCAAGUAAUAAGAGAAAGAUUAUUUGUGAUGAUGCGUUGCGCGUGGUAUUUGAGACUGAUUGUACUGACAUGUUCAAGAUGAAUAAGCUGCUGUCCAAGCAUAUUAUAACCCUUGGACCUAAAAAGGAGCCACCUCAAGCUAAGCGAGUGAAGUUAGAUGUUGAGUCUGCAACUGACACUGAUAGUACUCAACCUGGUUCCUCUACUGUUACAAUAUCUGAAGCACUAGCUAAGUUUCUGGGUUUGGAAGGGAGGGAGAUGCUCAAGUCUGAGGCAAUUAGACUUGUUUGGGAGUACGUAAAGGCUAACAAUUUGGAGGAUCCUGUAAAUUCUAUGGUGAUAGUAUGUGAUCCAAAGCUCCAUGAGCUUCUUGGAUGCGAUAGCAUAUCUGCUCUGGGGGUCCAAGAGAUGUUAGACCGCUAUCAUUUCAUCAAACAGUCAUGAUUUAUGGUAGUCUUGACCGGGGAUGGGACAUUUGCCAUCUGGUCUCUUCUGAUGGUAGAAAAGAUAGGGCAGAACCUUUUUUCUUUUUGGCGCUGACGUGGCUAGGAGCCUAGGUGAUAUGCUGUUUUACAUGUAUUGGUUGAUUAUAUUUAGAAUCCUAUGUGCUCUGGUCAUGGCAAGAUAUUUCUUGGUAUGUGGCCAUUGCCCUGUGUUUAGUUCUUUAUAGUGGUCUUCUCCUAACCUCUAAAACUGUCACAGAAUGUUAAAUGCUCUGUACAGCCUGGAAGGACCUUUGUUUGUAAUAUGUUGGAUAGCAGGAAGUGUUAGUUUUAAGUUUUUAACUGCAACUGGUGUAUCUUGUUUCAUAUGGCAGAAAAUACAGGUUUUAACUGCGUUUUGUUUCAUUUGCUGUAUCGAAUAGUAAAUAUAUUUGCAGACAGUUUCUAAGU